AUUAGAUAGAUCUUCUAGGUCCUGGUCUGUAGACACCUCUUACUUCAACUCCCUAAGUGGUUUUAGUCCUUCUUUGUAAUAUAGGGUGGUGGCUUCUGGAUGAGAUGUUGGCUGUUGCUUUUUUCAUCUUGUCUUUGAUGACUUGUCAGCCUGGGGUAACCAUACAGGAGAAGGUGAACCGGAGAGUCAGUCGGGCUGUUCUGAGCUCCACCCCCACAGCCGUUUCCUGCCAGCUAAGCAACUGGGCAGAGUGGACAGAAUGCUUCCCAUGCCAGGACAAAAAGUACAGAUACCGGAGCCUCCUGCAGCCAAACAAGUUUGGGGGAACCAUCUGCAGUGGGAACGUCUGGGACCAAGCCAGCUGUCACAGUCCCACAGAGUGUCUAAGGCAAGCACAGUGUGGACAGGAUUUCCAGUGUAAGGAGACAGGGCGCUGCCUGAAACGCCACCUCGUGUGUAACGGAGACAGGGACUGCCUGGAUGGCUCUGACGAGGAUGACUGUGAAGAUGUCAGGAUCUUCGAAGAUGACUGCAGCCAGUAUGACCCGAUUCCGGGAUCGGAGAGGGCGACCUUGGGGUACAAUAUUCUGACCCAGGAAGAAACGCAGAGUGUGUAUGAUGCCAGGUAUUAUGGGGGCCAGUGUGAGACUGUCUACAACGGGGAGUGGAGGGAGCUUCGGUAUGACCCUGCCUGUGAGCGUCUCUACUAUGGAGAUGAUGAGAAGUACUUCCGGAAACCCUACAAUUUCCUGAAGUACCACUUCGAAGCCCUGGCAGAUAGUAAAUUUUCCUCAGAGUCAUACGAUGAUGCAAACGACCUUCUUAAAAAAGUAAAAAAUGAGAAGUCUGUGUCAGCUGGAGUGACCCUUGGUAUAGGCCCUACAGGUGGCCCAUUUACAGCAAAUGUGGGCUUAUCAGGGUCACGAGAGUCUGCGUUCUUGAACAAGCUAAGCAAGUAUAACGAGAAGAAAUAUAGCUUCAUCAGGAUUUUCACAAAGGUACAGACUGCUAGUUUUAAGAUGAGGAGGGACAAUAUUAUGCUGGAUGAAGUUAUGCUGCAGUCAUUAAUGGAGCUUCCGGAGCAGUACAAUUACGGCAUGUACGCCAAGUUCAUUGAUGACUACGGCACCCAUUAUAUAACGUCUGGAUCGAUGGGUGGUGUUUAUGAAUAUAUCCUGGUGCUUAACAAAGAAAAUAUGGCAAAAUCUGGUGUUACCAGCGAUGAUGUCACGUCAUGCUUUGGAGGGUCUUUUGGCAUCGACUAUGACAAUACAGAUAACUUAAAAAUUACAGGAAGUUUAUCAGGAAAACAUUGUAAAAAACUUGGAGGUGGCCACAGAGAAGACGAAGAGAGCAACACGGCUGUGGAAGACAUCAUUUCUCGGGUGCGAGGUGGCAGUUCUGGCUGGGGCAGUGGCUUGACGCAAAACAGCAGCAUCAUUACAUACCGUGCCUGGGGGAGGUCAUUAAAGUAUAAUCCUGCUGUUAUUGAUUUUGAGAUGAAGCCCAUUUAUGAGAUACUGCGCCACACAAACCUGGGGCCCCUGGAGGUCAAGCGCCAGAACCUGCGACGGGCCUUGGAUCAGUACCUGAUGGAAUUCAACGCCUGCCGCUGUGGGCCCUGCUUCAACAAUGGCGAGCCCAUCCUCGUGGGUACCAGCUGCCGGUGUCAGUGCCCUGUGGGUCGCCAGGGCCUUGCCUGUGAGCAAAUGAAGUCAGAGGGAGCCAAGGCUGAUGGUCGCUGGAGCUGCUGGAGCUCCUGGUCUGCUUGCAGAUCGGGCACCCAGGAAAGGAGGAGAGAGUGCAACAACCCUGCACCCCAGAAUGGAGGUGCCUCGUGUUCAGGCCACAAAGUGCAGACCCAGGCAUGCUGAGGGCCUCUGGGCACAGGCUGGAACCCACCCAGCAGACGUCGCCGCCGGCACCGACCACUGGAUACAGACCUCACUCCGCUGAGAGAAGAUGCCAAUCAACGUGGACUUUUUCUCUGUCCUGCCAGCUUCCAGGCUGAAGACUGGGCCGUGCCAGCUACACCCAACUGUUCUGUUACUCACAAAACUCAGUCAGUCACAACUGGGGGUUGAGAGUUAACUAGUGUUAACUGCUCGCGACACUUUGGGUCAUUAAAGAAAAGAGAA